AUGGUGGCGGGCUCACGGGUCGGCCUACACUUUUUGACCUCGGCGCUGAGGCUGUUGGAGCCUCGAGUCGACGAUGACAUUGUUGAUCGCAUGCACUAUUUAUACACUUCCAUUCUCUUGUUGAUGUUUGCAUUGUUAGUCUCGGCCAAACAGUAUGGUAAGAUUUGAAGAAAGGCUUAAAAUUCAGUGAUUUUUGAGGUGGAAGUUGAGUGGAAAUUUGUAAUGUAUUUUGCACUGAAAAUCUUUCACUUUACUUCCAUUUUUGAAAAGUCUUAAAAUGACUUAAAAAUGAGUUUUUGACACUUUUUGGAAGUGGAAGUUGGAUGGAAGAUUUUUAGUGCAAAAUACAUUGGAAAUUUUCCACCAAACUUUCACUUCUAAAAAUGAUUAAAAUCUUGUUUUUAGGCCAUUUUAGGACAUUUUAAAAGUGGAAGUUGAGUGGAAGAUUUUUUGUGCAAAUUACAUUACAGAUCUUCCACUCAACUUCCACUUUUUUAAAACUGCCAUUACUUUGUUUACAGCGAAGUAAAAGAAAAAGAUUGCCUUUUACUAGCUAGCCACUAGUUAAAUCUACUUAAAAACUCAAAAACAAUCAAAUCCUUAUAUGAUUUGUUACAGUAGGCCACCCGAUAGAAUGUUUCGUCCCAGCUCAAUUCACUCAUGCAAUGGAACAGUACUCGGAGAACUAUUGUUGGGUACAAAACACUUUCUUUAUACCAUAUCACGACCACAUACCACAUAGAAUAGAGGAGCGAGAGAAGCGGCAGAUUGGGUAUUAUCAAUGGGUACCAUUCGUACUGUCAAUCGCUGCUUUGAUGUUUCAUAUGCCAGCUUCAAUGUGGAGAAUGCUGUCGAAUCAGAGUGGUAGGGCAUUUUUGGAUGGCUUUUUAUUGGUUUUUAAGUUUAGAUUAGACUUUUUGAUCAUUUCGGCUUGAAAAAUCGCUUAUAAUGAUGACUUAAAAAAGUGGAAGUUGAGUGGAAGAUUUGUAAUGUAUUUUGCACUAAAAAAUCUUCCACCAAACUUCCACUUUUUAAAAAGUGUCAAAAAGUCAUUUUUAGACCAUUUUAAGGCAUUUUGGGAAUGGAAGUUAAGUGGAAGAUUUUCAGUGCAAAUUGCAUUACAAAUCUUCCACUCAACUUCCACUUUUUAAAAAAGCUUGAAUUUUGGAUUACAAGCUUAAUUGUUGAAAAAAUAUGAUUUUGUGAUAUUACUUUUUAGUACGUUCUUCUUUGAAAAUGUGUUUUGACUAUAAUUUUUUUCAUUUUCAGGCCUAAACGUCGGCCUAGUCCUUCAAACCGCCUGCCAAGAGAACAAUAUCGACCCGGAUGUUCGAGAAAAGACGGUCGAUGUUCUCACUCGUCAUAUUGACGAAGCGUUACAGUAUCAGCGAGAGUUUGGCAGUAAAAACAGAAGUGUAUUCAUAUUUGCACUGUUAAAUGCUGGCAAGUUGUAUGGUGCAUAUGUUUGCAUGGUGUAUAUGUUCAUCAAGAUAUUCCACUUGAUCAAUGUUAUGGUGCAGUUUUAUGCUCUGAAUGCGUUUCUGGAGACAAGUGACUAUCCAUUGUUUGGUGGGCAUGUUAUUUAUGAUCUGAUGAAGGUAGGGUUGAUUGUUUUUAUUUUUAAAAGUUGGGGGUAGGGUAGGGAAGAAUAGAGUAGGUUAGGGUAGGGCAAGGUAAGGUGGGUAGAGAAGGGUAAGUUUGGGUAGGACAAGGUAAGGUAAGGUUGGGCAAGGUAAGGUAGGGUAGAAAAAAGUAAAUUAUUGAUCGAGUAGAGCACGAUAGAGUAGGGAUGAGUACGGUAGGGAAGAGCAGGGUAUGAUAGAGCAGAAUACAGUAGGGCAGGGCAGUAAAAAUGAAUACUUUAGGGUAGGGUAGAAAAAACGAAAAUAUUGAAAACAAUAGUAUUGUAGAAUGAGGUAAGCGCUUUUUAAGAUAAGGCAGACAUGGGCAGAGUAGAUUCAUUCAAUUUAUAGAAAGGUAGAAUGGCGAGGGGGGGGGUGAAAGGAGAGGGCUAUUUAGGGGGUAGAUAUAAAGGGAGCAUACGGGAUAUAGGGCAUGAUAGGAGCAGGUUAAUGUAAGUUUGAGUAGUGUAGAUUAUGAUAAUUCAAGGUAGGGUAUCACAUAGAUACAGUAGAGUACUGUAUGGACAGGGUUUGGUAUAUUAUGGUAGGUCUAAGCCUACCAAGUCUUCUUCUUCUAGUAAAUCUUGAACAGGGUAGAGUAGGGUAGGGUAAGGUAGGGCAGAGUAGGUUACUGUUUGCUCUAUAACCCCUCACUUCCAGAACAAAGAAUGGAAAGAAUCCGGCAAAUUCCCUCGAGUAACUCUUUGUGAUUUUGAAAUUCGAGUACUAGGCAACAUCCAUCGGCAUACAGUACAAUGUGUACUAGUAGUGAACAUGUUCACCGAGAAGAUCUUCAUCUUCCUUUGGCUAUGGUUCGUAUUUCUAGCACUGUUGAGUACCAUUAACAUUAGUGCAUGGAUGGCCACAUUGGCCAUACCGUCUUGUCGACGGAAUUUCGUGGAAAAGUUCUUGGAACAUGAUGACAUUACCAACGAUGAGAUUCAUGACUUUGUUGAGGUGUUUCUACGACCGGAUGGUAUGUUUUACUUUAAUUUAGGGUAGUAGAAUAAUAAUAACAGGCUUUAUUGGUAUAACUUUCAUUUUACUUAUAUCAAAAUGUCACAUUUGGACCAAAAAACGACUUUAAAAAAGUGGAAGUUGGGUGGAAGAUUUGUAAUGUAUUUUGCACUAAAAAUCUUCCAUCUAACUUCCAUUCUUAAAAAGUUUCAAAACGGCCUAAAAACACGUUUUUGGGCAUUUUUGGAGUGGAAGCUGAGUGGAAGAUUUUUAAUGUAUUUUGCACUAAAAUUCUUCCACUAAACUUCCACUGUUAAAAAGUGUUAAAAACGUGUUUUUAGACAAUUUUACGACUUUUUGAAAAUGAAAGUUAAGUGGAAGAUUUUUAGUGAAAAAUACAUUAGAAAUCUUCCACUCAACUUUCACGUUUUUAAAUUGUAAAAAAAGGUAAAAUACGUCGACGGUAGCAUUUGGUGAAUAAAAAUUAUUUUAAAAAAGUUGAUAAAAAAUCUGUUUAAAUAAUUUUUUUCCAAUUUUAAUCAAUUUUUAGGUGUAUUCCUCCUCAAAAUGAUAUCAAUUCACGCUGGAAACAUGAUGUGCUCACGGUUAGCGACACGGCUAAGAGAGAAACAUGUUAUAUAUUAUCGACAGAAGGCGUUAGAUGCCAGUAUCGCAUCGAGAAAGGAGUCUACACCUGGUUCGGUACGACGAAGGCAUCGCAGUGGAGAACGACGAUUGUCAAGAACGUCGUCGCACGGUGAGAGGAGUUUGAUGGAGACCGUGCCGAAGAUCAAUCAACACUUUGAUCCGAGUUUGCCUAAUUUGGCCAAUAUUACUGAUACAAGGCAUUAUGUGUAG